ACAAAUUUCCCGGGGGAGCCGGUAGAGUACAGGUUCUCAAAAGAUUCAUCAGGGGCCUAUCACUGUCUGAGGUAGAAGGAACCUGGAAGGAAGAGGACGUCAAUGACGAUGCGAUGCUCUUGUUACCUCUCCUCGUGGUAUUCUUGGUGAAUCACAGCCAGGCCCGGACUCACUCGCUGAGAUAUUUUCGUUUGGCUGUUUCGGACCCUGGCCCUGGAGUCCCCGAGUUUAUCUCUGUUGGCUAUGUGGACUCACACCCGAUCACUACCUACGACAGCGUCACCCGACAGAAGGAGCCGAGGGCUCCGUGGAUGGCGGAGAACCUGGUGCCUGAUCACUGGGAGAGGUACACGCAGCUGCUGAGGGGCUGGCAGCAGACCUUCACAGUGGAGCUGAGGCACCUGCAGAGACACUACAACCACUCAGGGCUUCACACUUACCAGAGAAUGAUUGGCUGCGAGCUGCUGGAAGACGGCAGCACCACAGGGUUUCUCCAAUACGCGUACGACGGACGAGAUUUCCUCAGCUUCAAUAAAGACACCCUGUCCUGGGUGGCUGUCGAUAACGUAGCUCAUAUCACCAAGCGGGCAUGGGAGGCCAAUCUGCAUGAGUUGCAGUACCAAAAGAACUGGCUGGAGGAAGAAUGCAUCGCCUGGCUGAAGCGGUUUUUGGAGUAUGGAAGAGACACCCUAGAAAGAACAGAGCCCCCAGUGGUAAGAACAAGUCGAAAGGAAACGUUUCCGGGGGUCACAACUCUCUUCUGCAGAGCUCAUGGCUUCUACCCACCAGAAAUUUCCAUGACAUGGAUGAAAAAUGGAGAAGACAUUGCUCAAGAAGUGGAUUCUGGAGGCGUGCUUCCCAGUGGAGAUGGAACCUAUCAAAUGUGGGUGUCGGUCGAUCUGGAUCCUCAGAGCAAAGAUGUCUAUUCUUGUCAUGUGGAGCACUGUGGCCUCCAAAUGGUUCUUGAAGCCCCUCAGGACCACGCUGGCCUCGAUCUCACAGAAGUCUGCCUGCCUCUGCCCAUACCCCUCCACCCCACCCAGAGUAAUGGGAUUAAAGACAUGCACCACUAUGCCUGGCUUCAAUUUUUAUUUUUAAUUUUUAAAAGUUUUAUUUAUUUUAUGUGUAUGUUUUUUUUGCUUGCAUGUGUGGCUGUGAACUAUAUGUGGACAGUGUCCACAAUAACCAGAAGAGGAGCACCGAGUCCCCUGGACCUAGAGUAAUAGAUGAUUGUUAGCUACUGUGUGUGCUGGGAAUCAAAUCUAGGACCCCUGGAAGAGCAGCCUGUGCUCUUAACCACUGAGCCAUCUUUCCAGUCCCAAGAUUUAUUUUAUUACUUUUAUUCAUGUGUGUAUAUAUGUGUGUCUGUGUGGGAGUAUGUGCCUAUGAAUGCAGGUGGCAAAGGAGCUUAGAAGAGGGUAUCAGAUCCCUUGGAGCUGGAGUUACAGAUGAUUGUGAACUAUCCCCAAGUAGGUACCGGAAACUGAACUCAGGUCUCUGUAAGAACAGCAAAUCCUCUUAACGGCUGAGCUCUCUCUCUAGCUCCAAAAAUGGUUCUUUUUAAUCAGUGUUUCUCACAGAGUUUGGUUCCCAUACUCUUCUAUACUCUUAUGAAUUACCUGUUGCUGUAUUACAUUUUUAAAAAUAGCCAGGCAAUGGUGGCACAUGCCUUUAAUCCCAGCACUUAAAGGCAGAGACAGGUGACUCUCUAAGUUUGAGCCAGCCUGGUCUACAGAAUGAGCUACACAGAGAAACCCUGUCUCAAAAAAACAAGAUAGAUAGAUAGAUAGAUAGAUAGAUAGAUGGAUGAUGGAUGGAUGGAUAGAUAGAUAGAUAGAUAGAUAGAUAGAUAGAUGGAUAGAGAGACAGUCUUUAAUCCCAGCAUUGGGGGCGGGAGGGGGAAGGAGAAUACUCAAAAGAGGCAGGUUGAUUUCUGAGUUUGAGGCCAGCCAGAUCUACAAAGUGAGUUUCAGGGCAGCUGGGGCUACACAGUGAAACCAUGUAUCAGAAAAAAAAACAAACAAGCAAACAAAUAGGAGAAAUCAUAAGCCUAUGCUCUACUUGCCAUCAGACAGUGAGUGAGAAGUGAUGAUGACCGAGUUUCCUAGUGGCCACAGCAACACCAUCAAUGCAGACGAGAGAAGCAACU